UUUUUAGUCUUGGGGUAGCUAUAGAAUAUUUGUUCUCACUUUACUCAGCCGUCGAACUACUCUGAAAGUGCAGAAAAUUACGGGAGCAAGAUGCGACUCAUCUCCAUUAUCAGCCGUUGAAUCCAAAACAUCAGAUUUGAGGCGGCUGCCAUACAAACCCCAGAACCCAUCGUUCAGCUGUUUCUUCCAAUACCAUCCACGCCGGAGCAAAUGUCCGCUCAAGUGCGCAGCAGCUACCUCUUCCUUUAUAAUUCCAUUCAGGCCAUUGGAUGGGCAGUUUCACUUUGGAGAAUCUCCAACAGCUUAGCUUCCACAAAGUCUUUCGAUGGGGCCUACGCUUCUGCUGGAGAGCUUAUAUGUUUUCUGCAAAGUCUGGCAUUCCUGGAAGUCGUACAUGGCGCUUUAGGGAUUGUUCCUAGUGGAGUUCUACUACCAUUGAUGCAAUGGGGUGGAAGAAUUCAUUUCCUACUAGCUCUCGUUCGCUCCAUCAAUGAGGUCCAAGAGCUGCCAGCAGUUUUCAUUACUUUUUUAGCUUGGAGCUUAUCUGAAGUUAUAAGAUAUUCACAUUAUGCCUUGAAUUGCAUUAGCACGCCACCCUAUUGGGUCACUUUAAUCAGGUACACUGCUUUUAUCGUACUGUAUCCCAUUGGAAUUGCUCCCGGUGAAAUGUGGCUCAUGUACCAAGCACUUCCUGUUAUAAAAGAGAAAAAGUUGUAUACAGAUCGCCUCCCUUUCAGUUAUUAUAACUUUGUUGUGGUGCUGCUUCUCCUGUAUCCAGUUUUAUGGCUGAAACUGUACCUUCACUUGUUUAAGCAACGGCGAUCGAAAUUGGGUAAACACCAGAAGAUAAAAUGAGCCACUCAAGCUUCCUGCGCACGGCAGCCUCUUUCGGAUUCAGAAGCCCCGCCUCCAGAUCGCUAGCCCACGCCCCGUUCAGCCCGUUCUUUCUCCAGUCAGAGAUUGCUCUGCUACGACCAGACUUCUAUCUGCGCCAGAUUUGGUCACGUCCAACUUCCCCGGGGAAUGGAGAGGGUGCGGGAAGAGAACGGAGUUCCCCAUUGUUGAAGCUGAGGUGGAGUGGGCGUUGUGGGGACUACUCCACCUUUUCUCUUUCUGCAACUGAUCACCACAGCCUUGCCAGAUUAAUAAUUUCUUUCAAAGUCUUGGGUUUGAAGAAACAAAUGGCGUAUGAGAUGGAGGUGUUAAGGCCGCCCAUAAAUGCCCCUGCUAAGCCUUUUCUGACUACCCUUCCACCUUGUUCUCUAUGCACUCAAACUCCAUCUGCUACUCGAUCGGGGGUCCCUUCUAGCGGAUGUGAGAAAGGGUUUUGUGAAAGUUCUCUCCAUUGAUAGGCCCUAAUUGAACCUGGUCCAUAGCUCAGUUUCAAAUGUUUCCCAUGGAAUCUGGUAUGAGUCGAUCCCACAUGCUUUGGUGAUGGCUUGCCAUCGUAGUACCUUUUUUUUUUUUUUUUACAUUGAUAGGAUUCCACAACGCCUGACAAAAGGUUCCAAAUAGAACAUAUGAAGAGUAAUAACUCAACUACGUUCUUUAAUUCUUAGUCUUUGAAUUAUUCAAAUAAGACUAUAAGAGAAUGGGUCUUUAGGAAGCCGAAGACACUUCUUCACUUCUAGUUAUUUCCGUAUUAAGGGAUUACAAUUGAGUUUAUUGAUAUAUUAAAGUUAUGACUUGAAAUGGAGCUAUUGACCAGGUUCAAUUCGUAAUAAGGAAUUACAAUUGAGUCUUUGAUACAAUCGAGCUAUAUUCAAAUACCAGAAUGGGUCUUUAGGUCAUGAAAAUAUGAAAAUGUAGAGAUCAUUUUAAAUUGGAAAAAAUAAUAAAAAUACCCCAAACUUUGAAGGGGUGUGAGAUAAGCACUCCAAACUUGCAUUUGUAAUUUAAAUACCCCAAACUUUAUAUAAAAUGUUAUUUUCGCAUCAUUUUCAUGUAUUAUUUCUUUCAAAAAUGUAAAUUUAUGGGAUUAAUUGCAUAAUUUGAAAUAGAAAAGUAAAAGUGUUGCAAUUAUAUAGAUUGGGUGUAAUGUUAUUUCUUUCUCAAUGGAAGUUUAAAAUGCUAAUUGUGCCUUCAGGAAUUCUAAAAUAUUUUAAAUUAUGCAAUUAACACCAUAAGUUUACAUUUUUGAAAGAAAUAAUACUUAACUAUGGUGCUAAAAUAACUUUUUAUUUAAAGUUUGGGGUAUUUAAAUUACAUAUGCAAGCUUGGGGUGCUCAUCUCACACCCCUUCAAAGUUUGGGGUAUUUUAAUUAUUUUCCCCUUUUAAAUUUGAUAUAAUAUGACUCUCAUAAUUCAUUAUGAGUUAAAAGUUAUGAUUUCGUGAUUUAGCACAAUCUAAACUUGAAAUUGAUACACGUUUCAUAAUAUUCCUUGAUUUUAAAAAUAUACAAAGUAUGUAUAUUUGACUACGUGCGAGAAGUCUACCUUGCAGUGGUGAGAAAGUUAGAACACCGAUCAAUUGCAAGGAUCAAACCCGCAACGGUCAUGUAGAAGUUACAACUCGUGUGUUGGAUUGGACCUUUGUUGCGUAUGGGUACAUAGUCUACCACCAUUGGGCAAACUGAGUCACUGUGACUUGCAUCCUUCUAAAUGCCUUGUUGGGUUGGAGGUUGAUGAUUCAGCUUUUUGGAACAUGAAACUAAACAUGACAAAGUAAAAUUAAAGUAGAAUUAUGAUUUAAAUAUGGUUUUAGUCCCUGCAAAUAUGAAAUAUUUUGUUUUAGGUCCCUACAAAAUAUUUUUUUGUUCUUCAUCCCUGUAAUAUGCUCUACUUUGAUUUUAGUCCAUAUCUAACUCCGAAACAACUCUACUUAGAAUUUUUUUUAUUAUCGAUUGC